AUGCUCAAGUUCUUUUCUCAAUAUUCCACCUGUGACGUUUCCGAUGCUCUUCUUAAGUUUGGUGUCUCUAACGGUGGUUUCUUUCCUAAUUUGACUAGAUUCAGCACUAACGGAACCACAAUGGCAGGUAAGGCUUACACUGUUCUUUUUGCUGCGAGGAACGACCCAAAUUACGAGGAAAUUAAAGGCGGAUAUAUCGAUAAUUUGCCUGAGGACGCAGUCUUGGUGAUUGGAUUGACUCCUGAGCUCCAGAAGCUUGACGCUCCUUACGUCAAGAUCAACAACGCCCUUUACGGUGGCCUCAUGUCUACGCGUGCCAACUAUCUGAAGAGCCCGGGUACCGUAGUUUUUGGUCGGAUCAGGGAUUUGAAGGAGCACCAAGACCUGCAGAGGAAUGUCUUUGCUUAUGGUUUGGGCACCGCAGCACACGCCCCCGUGGUUAAACUUGCCGGAAUCAACGUGCCUCUCAAAAUCACCUUGGAUUCUCAUCCGGAGCCUUAUCAGGAAACUAUAAACCCUGGUGAUUAUAUAAUCGGGGAUGAAAACGGGGUGGUUAGAGUUGAAGGAUCGGGCGACCUGGCCCAAAAAUGCAUAGAGUAUAUUCCGAAGCGCGUUGCUGCCGAUCAAUUAGUAGCCGAAGACAUCCAGAGCGGGGCCAAGUGCAACGAGGCUCAAAAGCGCAGAAGAGCCGGUCUGUAA